AUGGCUGUGCUGGUGCAGGAUGAAGAAGGAGAACAGGUGACUGAUAAAAGGGCAUAUUCCCUUGUGGAUUCCAGUCAAGUGUCUACCUUCCUGAUUUCUAUUCUCCUCAUAGUCUACGGCAGUUUCAGGUCUCUUAACAUGGACUUUGAGAAUCAAGACAAAGAGAAAGACAACAGCAGCACAGCCGGGUCCUUCAAUGGCAACAGCACCAAUAACAGUAUUCAAACCAUCGAUUCCACCCAGGCGCUGUUCCUGCCCAUCGGAGCCUCUGUGUCUCUCCUGGUCAUGUUCUUCUUCUUUGAUUCAGUUCAAGUUGUCUUUACAAUAUGCACAGCAGUCCUUGCAACAAUAGCUUUUGCUUUCCUGCUGCUCCCGAUGUGCCAGUACUUAACUCGGCCUUGUUCACCUCAAAACAAGAUUUCCUUCGGCUGCUGCGGGCGUUUCACUGCUGCUGAGCUGCUCUCGUUUUCUCUCUCCGUCAUGCUUGUCCUCAUCUGGGUCCUAACUGGCCACUGGCUCCUUAUGGAUGCUCUGGCUAUGGGCCUGUGUGUUGCAAUGAUAGCCUUUGUUCGGCUGCCCAGCCUGAAGGUUUCCUGCUUGCUGCUCUCUGGGUUACUAAUUUAUGAUGUCUUUUGGGUGUUUUUCUCUGCCUACAUCUUCAACAGCAAUGUGAUGGUGAAAGUGGCCACCCAGCCAGCUGAUAACCCUCUGGAUGUUCUAUCCCGGAAGCUUCACCUGGGACCAAACGUGGGCAGAGACGUUCCCCGCCUGUCACUGCCAGGCAAGCUUGUCUUCCCAAGUUCCACAGGCAGCCACUUCUCCAUGCUGGGCAUCGGGGACAUCGUGAUGCCAGGCCUCCUGCUCUGCUUCGUGCUGCGCUACGACAACUACAAGAAGCAGGCCAGCAGCGACUCCUGCGGCGCCCCGGGGCCCGGCAACAUCUCUGGGCGGAUGCAGAAGGUCUCCUACUUCCACUGCACGCUCAUUGGGUAUUUUGUAGGUCUAUUAACUGCCACCGUGGCGUCCCGCAUCCACCGGGCAGCCCAGCCUGCCCUCCUCUAUCUGGUACCCUUCACUUUAUUGCCACUGCUCACCAUGGCCUAUUUAAAGGGCGAUCUGCGGCGCAUGUGGUCUGAGCCUUUCCACUCCAAGUCCAGCAGCUCCCGUUUCCUGGAAGUAUGAUGGAACAGAUAGAAAGUGACCUGAACUUCUGCCUUGGUCCUUUAAACUAACUUGUGGCUUUGUCGUCUCCUCAAGCUGGACUGGCUGGUACUUGGGAAGGUACCGAUUACAGGACUCGUGUGAAAGGACUUGGUCUUAAAUGGAGGAAAAGAAAGAAAAGCUAAGGUCUGGAGCUCCGAGUGGCUCGUGGCUCCUUGCAGAUGUGGAAUUGGGGACCCUUUGUGCAACUGCAGCCACUUUCCUGCUUUCCUCACUCAGAUGGAGUAGCACCAGACUAUUACCUGGGUGAGGGAGGAAGAGACAGACUUGAGACUGAGAAUGGCUUGGAGUCGUUCCACACCUUGUGAACACUAAAAGAAACAACAGUUGAGCAAACUGAAGCUUCUUCAGAGAACCCCUCGUGGACACUGGGACCAGUUUCCUGCUGGACUUCAGUUCUGAACUGAGACAGAAAUUCUUCUGUCACCAUACUGGGUUUUUUUUUGUUUGUUUGUUUGGGGGGGUUUUGUUUAUUUUUGUUUUUUGGGGUUUUUUUGAGCUAUUAAAUAUUUCCUGUGGUGUGAGGUUACUUAUUAAAUCCACAGACAUUGAGUGACUUCUUGCAGUAUACAUAUGAAGAUUUGUUGUACCAAGUUACAUUUCCACCCAGGUGUCAUGUUGCAGUGAAAAAGGGCACGGUUUUUAUACAUCUAUAUAUCCCCUAUAGAUAUAUCUAUGAAUACAUGCAAAGGAGGCCUGCUAAGAUCAUGCUGUGUAGCAGACAGGGGCUUGCUGUAAUUUCUAGCAUGUAGAGCAGUUUACUCUGGCUUU